AUGUCUUUAGCACAUCUGGUUCUGUUCGCCGGUUUACUCAGCCUUGUAAUACUCGCGUCUUCUUCUUCUUCUUCUUCUUCUUCUCCGGGCUCACGCUCAAUUCUCCGAGAUAUAUCCGGUGAAAACGCCGAUCAGAAAGACAGAGCUGUCGAAUUGAACAGCUCCAACUUCGAUUCAGUUCUUAGCGACACACCCGCCAAGUAUGCCGUCGUCGAGUUCUUCGCUCACUGGUGUCCUGCCUGCAGAAACUACAAGCCUCAUUAUGAGAAGGUGGCGAGGCUUUUCAAUGGACCAGACGCGAUACAUCCUGGAAUCGUUUUGAUGACGAGAGUUGAUUGUGCAAUGAAGACGAAUACCAAUCUCUGUGACAGGUUCUCUGUUUCGCAUUACCCAAUGCUCUUAUGGGGUUCUCCUACGAAGUUUGUCUCUGGCAGUGGAGAACCUAAAAAGGAGAAAAGCGAGAUUGUUGUUAUCGAUGAUGCGCGAACAGCUGAGCGUUUGCUUAAAUGGAUUAACAAGCAGACACAAAGCUCUUAUGGCUUGGAUGAUAAGAAGUUCGAAAAUGAACAUGUCCGGACAAAUAUAACAGACUACAAACAGAUUUCUCAGGCUGUGUAUGACAUUGAGGAAGCAACCGCAGAAGCUUUUGAUAUAAUUUUAUCAAACAAGGUCAUUAAAUCAUCUGAAACAAGUGCGUCAUUUAUUAGAUUUAUCCAGCUUCUAGCAGCACAUCAUGCCUCCAGGAGGUGUCGGAAGGGAGCUGCAGAGAUUCUAGUGAACUAUGAUGACUUAUGCCCUUCUGGAAAAUGCUCUUACGAAGCUUCUGGAGGGAAAGAUACCCUUGGAAGCUUCCCUAUUUGUGGAAAGGAUCUUCCCCGUGGAUAUUACAUGUUUUGCCGUGGUAGCAAGAACGAUACACGUGGAUUCAGCUGCGGAUUAUGGGUUCUGUUUCAUUCACUUUCCGUGAGGAUUGAGGAUGGAGAGAGCCAAUUUGCAUUCAACACAAUAUGUGAUUUCGUAAACAACUUCUUCAUGUGUGAUGAAUGCCGACUUCAUUUCAACGACAUGUGCUUGAGUGUAAAGACUCCAUUCAAAAAGGCGCGUGACUUCGUCUUGUGGGUGUGGAGCACGCACAACAAGGUCAACGAGAGACUCAUGAAGGACGAAGCUUCUCUCGGUAGUGGUGACCCCGAGUUCCCCAAGAUCAUAUGGCCACCGAGGGCCCUUUGCCCAUCCUGCUAUCUCUCGAGUGACGAGAAAAGCAUAGAGUGGGACCACGACAAUGUCUACAAGUUCUUGAAGAGUUACUAUGGGCCCAAGCUCGUCUCCCUUUACAAGGAAAAGAGUGUCGUGGGGAGCAAGGAAGAGACCGUCUCAGCCACCGCGGAAGACUUGACAGUAGCCACCAACGCUCUGGUUGUGCCGGUUGGAGCUGCGUUGGCAAUAGCAGUCGCCAGCUGUGCAUUCGGGGCGCUUGCUUGUUACUGGAGAACACAGCAGAAGAACCGAAAGCCGAGGAGAAGCUGGAACUGAAGUACUAGAAGCUGAGCUCUUGAUGUUUCCAUAACUUACAGACAACAAAAACAAAAAGGCUCUUUGUUUGGAGUUGAGAGAUCCCAAAGUUGUAUGCGGCAGGUUCUUUCCUUUUAGAUUGUGUCUCUGAUUUUGAAAGUGUGUACAGAUUCUUCUCUUUAAUAUUUGUAAUGCGCAUAGACUCUUGCGAGUAUUGGGAUCUUUUAUAGAAAAUCUUUACAAUAUAAUUUCUAUCUGACCAAA